UCGCGAGACGAUCCCUGGCGACUUCCCCUCGUGUGCUGCGGUAGUCCGUUUUCGUUCACUGGGCGUGCACAUCCGACCGUCAGCGAAUGGCGCCACAUGGCCAGCAGAAGGCGAAACGUCCGCAAGGUGGUUCCGGCGAAGCGAGUGCAGGGCAAACACGAAGGGGCCACUUCCCAAAGUCGAAGAAGCUCCGCGCGGGAGACGGGUCGGAAGGAGAGAUGGGGGGUGACGGGGGAGAGGAGGAGACGCCUAUGGACAUCACUUCUAAAGGGACGCCUGUGCUCGGGUUCGGGCGUGACGGUAUGAGCAGGCAGCGUAUGCUUGCGCUCACCAACCUUGGCGUCCCGACAUCCACGCGAGGCGGCGGUGGCGGGACGGCUUGUGCACAAGGACUUUCGUCCGGUGACCUUCCGCCGCAGAGGGCCGUGGGUUCUGCAUCCACCAUCGCAUCCAUGUCCGAGCGCGGCGAAAAAACUCCGGUGGUUGAGUCUCCAUCGCGCCACGUGGAGGCAUCGAACCCUACGAUCGUCGCCGCUUCGCCGAGGGAUGUGCUUCAAUCCGUGCAAGCAGCGAGCGCCGCUGGUCAUGCCGCCCCCGUCGGUGUUGGAGAAAGGCGAGAAGAUAGGAGGGUGGAAGAGGCGGGGAGAAAACAGGAGAGGAGGGAGGAGACUCCGCGCGGGGAAGAAGAGGACGACCAGCCUCUGAGCGCGAGGAAGAAAAGGUCCCGCCAAGAGGAGGAGUUGGAGGCGAAAUCGAAGUUCGCUCCGCAAGGCCUCAUCAUGCCGCCCCCCGAAGUCCCGCACGUGCGGAUCGAAGAUGGCGUGCAACGAGAGCCAGCUCUCAAACGGGCAAGACGAACGGAGAACGUGGCAAUGCGCGUCAUCCACGGGUGGAUAUUCAGGUCGUCUUCAAGGUUCGAUGGUUUCGCCCGCGUGGCGUCCUACGUUGCCACAGAUUACCCCACCGACCUGGCGAGAGCAGUUUGGCAGAGCUUCGAGUGGUCGAGGAUAGUGCCUCCCGCCGUAGUUUACCACACAGUAGCUUUGAAGAUGGACAUCCCACUGUGGUUCGCCGGGGCAUAUAUCGAGAACAGGCCGGAGGCCGAUGACAUGGCCGCGCGUAAGGAGGUGAUUGUGAUGCAUAUUGCGUCAUGCUUCCACGACGCGCUCCCGGUCGGGCAGUGGUGGGACGGCGGUAGAUUGUCACACCAGAGACUGAGCAGAAUUGGGGAUGCUUUCCGCGUGCUUCUCGCCGCGUGCAUGUGGAUCAUGCGCAUGGGAGGCGACGAUGCGCGCUCCUACGAUGAGGCGUCUUACUACGCGCAGCUGGUGGCGAAGCCGACUCUCGUGACGGCGUGUUCAUCGUCCUUCAACUGGCGCCGCCAUGUGAUGCACUCGGCGAACGUGGUCUUGACUCGCCUGUGGAAGCCAUCCUUGACGCUGGGCGCUUUCCCUGACUACAUCCCGGAGUGGGCUUCGUGCAGAGUGCGGUACAACUGCAACGCUGGUCUGGCGGACCCCGACGUCACGGCGAGAGUGGACUGGAUGGGGACGGGACCUUUUGAAGCUGAUCGGAAGGAGGACGGGACAGAUGACGAAAUGGGAGCGUAAGUGUCCUCGAUAUGGCCGUCUUGCGUGACAAGGAAGAAGGUAUCGCCCAUGUAGUGAAGCGGUCCGUCAUCAAGGUUUC